CACAGUCCGCAUGCACGGCGUAGAGCUGUCUGUGCGUCCUGCCUCGGAAAGUGAAAAUGGGGCUCGAAAAAGAAAAAGCAGAAACGAGCGUUAUAAUGGACGAGGAUCUGUUCAACAGGUCGAUUGAACCCAUCCUUACAAAGAAAGAGAAGCUGUUCCCAACGGAGCCGGACCGGGACCCCAAUGACAUUAACUCUCACUUAAAGGUCGAAUUUGAAGACAUCAUUGCAGAGCCCAGCUCCACUCACAGCUUCGACUCAGUGUGGAUAUGGAGCCAUGCUGUUUUUGAGUUGCUCAAAUUUAUCUUCUACCGGCUCCUCACCACGCUGCUCGCCAUCCCCAUGGCCUUUGUGGCCGGAAUUGUCUUCGGCCUCCUCAGCUGUGUACAUAUUUGGGUGGUGAUGCCAUUGGUGCACAGCUGCAUGAUGGCCCUCCCUUCCAUCCAGGUGAUCUGGGCCAGUCUCAUGGACAUGUUUGUGGGUCCUCUCUUCCACAGCAUUGGCAGGGUCCUGUCAUCCGUCAAUGUCAAGACAGUGCAAAACUAAAACACUUUGAAGGAAUAUUCCAGCAGUUUUCCUUGAUAUUACUUUCCCUGUAAUUAAAAAAAACUCAUUCACACUUUUAUAAUAGACACCAAUGGGCAGGCCUUUCAUGACAUGAAUGGGUUGUCUGUUCUGGGAAACAUGAGGGAAAAACAACCUAAUGCAGAUGUAGCAGAUACAGAUUUGGUUUAAAACUUUGGAAUAUCCCUUUAAGGCCUGUCACUUUUGGACCAAUCCAUCUAGCUGCACAUGUGUUCUCCAUGACAUGCUUUCUCCUACAUAUUCUCGACCCCAGACCUUAUCAAUCAUGCCAGAUUCCUGUUGUUGAACACUGGAAUCAGCUUUCAGGUGAAUCAGGUGUGUUUGCUUUGGUAAGGGACAAAGUUUUAUAUGUGAGGUGACUGCACAUGGAACAUAAGGAAGGGCAAAGGAUCUAGUUUUUAUUUCCAUAUACACUCUAGCCAUUCCAUUGGUCUAAUAGAAAGUUGUGACUUCUUUUUGAAAGUAUCAAUAUAGGUAAAAAAAAAAAAAUACUUUCACAAUAUGAUGUAUAUUUAAUAUAUAGGUGUAAUUAAGCUUUUGUACUGUAUAUGAGAACUUACAUUGCAAUGUAACUUUUGGAGACCUGUUCAUUGUCUGUUCAUAACUGAGUGUUAUAGUAGGACAAAGCUAACGCUGAGGUGCAGCUUAUUGCAUUCUUUUGCAGGCUUACGUCUGGCCGGUGAAGAAAAUGUGCUACUACAUAUGUGCAUAUACUAGGAGCAAAACAGGGAACCAAGAACUGGUGCAGGCCCAUUGGAUAAUAGUACUUUUAUAUUUGUUGAUGAUUUUCUGUCUAAAUUAAUAUUUAUACUAUAAUUAACAACACAAGAACAUGCCGUGUUUGACCAUUUAUAUUUUUAAAGACAUUUCGUGUGAAGAUUAUUUUGAUACGACACCGGUAUAUUAUAAAGACUAAUAUAUUCCUGAAAAUAAAUUGCAGUGUGCUUGCAUUGCAAAGCUGCAUUUGAAGUGCUGCCUGCUUGAUUUUUUUUUUUUUCUAAAGUAGCCUCUCAGAAAAUGGAAGGCUUGUUUGUGCAAUGGAACAUGAGGCGUUCAGGUGUUCUUUUUUCCUCCUCCCUAUUGAGUGAUGUAAUGUAGCAAAUAUCCUGAGCGCAGCCGAGCUCAUUAAAGAAAGCCUACGAGAUCAGGGCCAAAAGCCUCACACUGCACCAAAUAAAGGAUCUUUUUUGAAGCAAGA